CCCUUUCUCUUCUCACGCCACACAUCACAACAGCAACCAAAAGCCCGUGCAUAGUGCUUACCACUCCAAAUAUCGAGCAUUUUGCACCAAUGGCUUCCUUUUAUAGCUCAAGCACCCUGGUGUGCCUAACUCUUGUUCUUCUCUUCUGUGUUCAGUGCACCCUCGGAGGCAUCACAUGCGAGAGCCUGGACAGAAGCACCUGUGCCUUUGCGGUGUCGUCCUCCGGCAUGCGCUGCGUGCUCGAGAACCGGCUGCGGAGGGGAGGACAGGAGGAGUUCUCCUGCCGCACAUCAGACAUCGAGGCUGAGAACCUCAAGGACUGGGUGGAGACCGACAAGUGCAUCAAUGCCUGCGGACUCACUCGGAACACCGUGGGGAUCUCAUCGGACUCUCUGUUAGAGCCUCAAUUUGCUCAGAAGCUAUGCUCACCUCAAUGCUACCAGGAGUGCCCCAACGUUGUUGAUCUGUACUUCAACCUCGCAGCUGGUGAAGGUGUGUUCCUUCCAAAGUUAUGUCAGGCAUCAUCGAAUGCUCGUCGAAGCAUGGCAGAGAUCAAGAGCUCCAGUGCGGCAGCGGUAGGGACUGCACCAGGGGCGGCAGGGCCUGCAUCAGGGUCGGCAGCGGUGGCCUGGGCCCCUGGGCAGUCCGAGACUGGUUUUGUUUCCGAAGCAGCCAUGGCGCCUUGUUGAUGUGCUUUAUAUUAGAUCAGUUGGAUUGUUUCAUGUAUUCUGUGGCCACAAGCCAGUGCAAGAAGGUUGUUGUGAGAGUAUCAAAGCAUGUAGUAGAAUCACCGUGUUACAGCGUUAGUAACAUUAGUAAUAUUUAAUGAUUUACAAUACCAUUCCAGGAUACUAAA